UAUACACAGAUAUUAUUGUUAUUUUUAUUAUAUAUUUUAAUCAGUCGUGUUUGACAACGUUUAUCGUUCAAUCAAGCUCAAUUUCAAAUUUACCAAAUUUGAAGAUCUAUUGGGUUCGCUUCAAUUCUUCUUCUUCUUCUUCUUCUUCUUCUUUAUAUCAUCUCCUGGGUUUUUCAGAUCUGAUAAAUGACAAAUGUUUCUACCGCAAGGUGUUCCUAGUUCAAGUUUAGUUCACAACAACUCAAUCAUCCACAGUCAGCAAAUUGAUUGUGGUGCCAGCACAAUGGACCCCAUCAGUGGUGGGAAUAGUCUUAGCAACAAUUCUAGUCUGGCUUCAAAGCAACGACUGCGCUGGACGCACGAGCUGCACGACCGCUUUGUUGAUGCUGUGGCACAACUGGGUGGACCAGAUCGGGCUACACCUAAAGGUGUCCUCAGAGUCAUGGGUGUGCAAGGUUUAACAAUUUACCACGUCAAAAGCCAUUUACAGAAAUAUCGACUUGCAAAAUACCUCCCGGACUCGUCAUCUGAUGGGAAAAAAGCUGACAAGAAAGAAUCUGGAGAUACGCUUUCCAGUUUGGAUAGUUCAUCCGGGAUGCAAAUUACCGAAGCACUCAAGCUGCAAAUGGAGGUGCAAAAGCGACUGCAUGAGCAAUUGGAGGUGCAGCGACAGCUACAGUUGCGGAUAGAAGCCCAAGGCAAAUACUUAAAGAAGAUAAUUGAAGAGCAACAGAGACUCAGCGGAGUUCUUUCAGAAGUGCCUGGCUCUGGGGCCUCUGCCCCAUUAUCAGGUGACAACUGCCCUGAAUCUAACAGUAAGACUGACCCAGUAACCCCUGCCCCAACUUCAGAGUCUCCAGCCCUAGACAAUGCUACCAAGGAAUGUGCCCAGGUGAAGAGCAUUUCUGAUGAUGAAUUGUUCUCUUCUCGUUGUGAGCCACUGACACCAGAUUCUGUUUGCCAUGUUAGUCCCUCAGCUGAGAGCCCAAAAGGUGAGAGGUCAUUAAAGAAGCAACGAGUGAGCAUGGAUGCAGCAUACACUAAACCAGAGAUGAUGCUUACGCACCAGAUACUGGAGUCGAGCUUAAGCCCACCUUACCAGCAACCACACUCGAUUUUCCUGAACGCAGAGCAGUUUGAUCAUUCAGCAGGGGUAUCUAUCGGCAAUGAAGAUCAAUUGGGAAAAGUUUCAGGUAGCAAUUUGUAGUGUUUCCACGAGCUGCAUGUUAUUUGCAUUAUAGGACUCCCCUUCCCCCUGAAUUUGUAGACUGUAGUUACUCUGGAAAAAUAUAAAUCUCAUUGGACAAGGAACCCCGUUGGUCUUAGAUGUUACUCUACUCGUCUUGUCCUCUGAACUUCCUUAAAAUCUACAUUUGUAAUACAUUAGGUUUCAUUGAAAAUGUGAAAUUUUAGUACUUCA